CACUGUGACAAUUAUCGGAUACCACUCCUCCGCCAGUGGCUUUGGUAACGGGCUGGCGUGGAGAUGACCGCCAAAUGGGUCAUCGUUGAAAGUCAUUGACCACUUUCCACCGUGUUCCACUUCGUGGCAAGGUGGCGGACCCAUUCCCUUCUACAAUACAUAUAGAGUCUCGUACUAGUUUCAUUUCACUCUCAUACACAACCGCUUGCUCCUCCUUGACGGAAGACGCAAAAACACCGUUUGGAAGUGAACUCAAUUAACGAUAUUCUACUCACGACCUAAGAUGCAUCCCGCCGUGUCGUCGACCCCUGGUGAAUUGACCAUGUUACCCUGCCCCCAACACGGUCUGUCCUUACGGGAGCGCCGCAAGAUCAUCUUGACCGUUCGAACCACUCUCCAGGAGCGUCCGCUCUAUGCCAAUGCUUACCGAAAAUUCAUUACAAAGUACACCCCUCUUCUCCCGCCAACUCCGAACUCUGUCGCUUCCGAGUGGUUGUCUGACGAAGAAGACUACGACUUUGAGUUGGUGGACUCGGACUCGGAUAUGGAGUCUCACUAUAGUACUGCCUCUUCUUCUCUGUCAGAGAUUCCCUCGAACCCUCCUUUCGUCCCACGGCAGUCCUCCAGCGAAAAGAGCCAUCUGGAUCUAGUUGAAGACGAUUUGUACGUCGCUUAUGCAGACAACGCCGACGAAGCCGCUGCCCUGCGCACCUUCGCAAACCACCAUUUCACCCAUAUCCUACAAAUUACUGUGGUUUCCCCAGGAUCAAGCCGAGCCGGCGGAAGCGUGAACACUGGUAGUUGGUCGGAAGAAUUGACUUGGUCUGGUCGCGAAUUGCGCAAACUUCAUCUUGCCGUUCCUGCGCUCCCUCAAGCCACUGAAAAGUACAUGCUUCUCUCCCCUCGCCAGCUCCUCGCAGCACGCGAUUGGAUAACACUCGCGAUGCCCCUCAACGAAUAUGAAAUCCCAGUUCUCCCCAGGUGGUUUUCCAUCGCGAGAUUGGUGGUCGUCGCCCCGAGGGGAAGGAUGGCUGACAUUAUGGCAGUGGUAAUAGCUUAUCUGGCGUUUGCGCAGGAUAGACAUGUGCUCAGUGUGGCGAGAGACCUGACGAGGAAGGUCGGAUUUGAUGAGGAGUGGAUGCUCACUAUCUCAGGGAGGGCUGUUCCGCUAUUAGAGAUGGUUGCAAGGUUGUAGUGACCGUUGACGAGGUCCUUUUCAUGUUUCAUUGUCCUAUGCUGCAGUUACUAUUCCUUUCUGUAGGCCG